UUGUAUAUUUUAUUGUAAGUGUAUUAUACAACAAAUACAAGAUCAAGGUAGGCAGCCUCACACACAAAAUAAAGGCGGAGGUUCCAUUAGUCGCUUUGAAAUGAAAACGAGUUCGCUUGCGGUGAUGGGUGCAGGCAGUCACAACCCUGGUGAUCCCUUUCAUGUGAAGGGUCACGUCUUUAGCGACUAUCAUUUCUCCAGCUAUGUUGCCGCAGAUACGCUAAUUACAGUGGUGCCGCGCUUUUCGAUGCGACGCGUAACUUGCAUAAGUGGACACUAUGGACCUUUUUCACCAAACUAUCCUGUUGAGAUCCCACUGUGGCUGGCGCUGCACCUGCGCCAGACGGACACGUGCGUUAUCACUUUGCCCUCGUACUUGUCUCUAAGCCAUCUCAGUGAUGUGGUUGCACGUGAGCAAAGAAACGACAAUACUUUUGAACCCCUCCCAUUUUUUUUUUUUGAAGUAGCAAAAAACUUAUGCGAAUUAGCUCACGAGGACGUCCCCAAUGUGGCGGAAGUCAUACGGUUAGUUCGCGAGCUUCAGUCCAUGCGGCAGCGCAAACUCCAACAGAGCAUGUCAAUAUUCGAAGCCGAAGGCACCGCUAUGUUUAUUCCAGGCAUCCGGCUAACCCAUAUCGUCUCUGCAGAGUUACACUAUUUAAGAACCUCCUUUGCUGUAGUUCUGAGGCAGGCUUGCGAGAUGGAACAAAAGCGUUCGCAGGCUCUACGCAUGAUACCGGUAUCUGCUCUGCAGCCAGCUACUACACUUAUGCGGUCGACAGCGACCUCAACAGGUGCAGACGGUCUUUCGGAACGCCUUGAAGGUGAUAUCCGAAUUUCACUUACUUCAGCAUCCCCUACUAUAGACUUGACACCUGCUGUCGUAGGUGGGGAUACUGAUGGGCCCGCUCUCGAGUUCCCAGACUCACAUAGCGUAACGACAUUGGCAACGAGUAGCACGACGGUUCAUGAGGUGCCGCUAGGGCAGCCACCCGUCAAAAAGAGGCGUACUUUACGGCAAACUUGAAAACAAAAUUUUACAGAUAAAUGUUGAAGGGACAGAAGCCUCGAGUUCCUCUUUGUUUGGUUUUAAAAUUAGUGGUCACGUUUUCACAAGAAAAUUGUGCUUGAAUCAUUUGUUUCAAUGAGUCUAUUCUUAGGUAAAUGAAAAUCAUCGA